UGCUUUCGCUGCUCCUGAACGCACGGCGGUGGCGGACGAAGAGACGGCUGUGUGGAUGCCGCUGGGAUACGAUCGCGGCUUGUCGCGGGCUCGAGGUAUACGAGUGAUGGACACAGAGAGUUUGAUGGACAAACCCACCUCGCAAAAACUUUCCAAGUACCCUACGCACAAGUCGGCCCCUGACGUGAUCGCGGCAUUUCGGCACCACGGCAGCAGCCGGUCCAAGGUCAACGUCCGACCGAUUCAGCUCACGUCUCCAUGUAUCAACGUCGCACGGGCGGUCGAAAACGGAGACGUGUCCUUGAUGGGGUCUCCGACCCAUGUCGAGGAAGUGUCUGUCGAGCAUCAUGACGAUUGGCACGACGUUGUCGAUGUCCACGUCGACUCAUCGCCGACGCCUGGUAACAUUCUCACUCGGGACGUGCUGCAGUCCAGCUUGGAUUUACUUUAUCCCACCAUGGACGCGGACGUGGCCGCGUCGAUUCAUACGCUGCUCCUUAACCCUGACCACGGAUUUGGCACGUUCCAGUUUGACGUGUUGGCAUUGUGCGCGUACUUGCCGUCGUCCACGUUGGUGCUUGUCAGUCACUUGAUCUUUUCGGUCAUGUCCUUCGAUGGCCUUGACAUGGAUGUCUUGCUCGCGUGGGUGCGGGCCGUCGAUGGAACGUACAACCCCGCGAUUCCGUACCACAAUGCGGAUCACGCCGCGGACGUGGUCCACUCGCUCUACUGCGUCGUUGUGCGGACUCCAUUACAGUCAAUCCUGUCGGCCCCCAUGCAAAUCAGUGGUCUCUUGGCUGCCAUUACCCACGACGCCGCCCACUUUGGGCGGACGAACUUGUUUCUUAAGAAGUCCAACCACCGCUUGGCCACGAUGUACCCUGUGUGUUGCCCCCUGGAAGAAAUGCACGCGGCCGUCGGUCUCGAACUAUUCACGGACCACAACGUUCUCGGCCACAUGUCCCCGUUGCUUCAGUCCGAGCUCCACCUGGUCAUCCACAGCGCUAUCUUCACCACGUCACUGUGCGAACAGAAGAAUCUGCUCGCGUCGCUGCGGGCAGUGGACAAGUCGUCGUCGUCCUUUGAUGUAGUUCUGCUCCAAGCCGCGCUGCACGCCGCCGAUUUGGGCCAGACGACCAAACCGUUUGAGGUCCAUCGGCUGUGGGUAAACCGUCUCGGCGACGAAUUGUUUGAGCAAGGUGAUGCCGAGAAGGCGCUUGGGUGGACAGAUGUGUCGCCCAUGUGUGACCGAAGUGUUGGGUUUUCAGUGGGCGGGCAGCUGUUCUUCAUGCAAAAUCUCGUCUUGCCGGUGUACACGGCGCUGAACGAACGGUUGGACGGAGCCUUGGAGCAAGUGUUGCGCCAGAUCGCGACCAACGUAAACGUGUGGAAGCACACCAUGACAUCUUGAUAACUUAUUGAUUCACCACCACCAUGCCAUCCUGUCCGCACUCGACGCAAUGUCUGCUCGAUCUUGGCGCGAGCUCCGUGCACCAAAUUGCCAUCUGCUCUUUGUCGAUCCGAUUGUUGGGGCGCCCAAAAUGUCUUGCCCUAUUGUCAAAAUAUGUGUGAUUCAGGGGUAGUACUUUUGAACGAAAUGACCCCCG